UACAUUUAGGUUACACUGACAGGGGAAUCUCUGCCGACGACUUGUGUUAAUAAUUAACGACUUAAUGGUGAGUCGGGCCGAAAAUAGGGAAUCGAUUAGGGAGAAGGAUGAGGCCGAGUUGGAGCUUCGCAGACUCCAAGAAGUUGCCAAGUUCGCGGCUAUAUAUCACAGCGGCGAAAGAAAAUUUCAAAGAAGAACGGACCUUUCGCAUGUCGUGCAUGCCAGUUUACACUUUGUUCAAGUCGUGAUGACCUCGGCUAUCGAAACUUUUCAUCAUGUGCAUCACUAUAUGAAUAAACUCGCGCAAGAACAGGACGACACGAUUCCGACGCUGCCGGAGGAAAGGAAUCCCAUUUUCUUCGUAUAUCCUAUCUGCAUGGGAUUGAGCCUCGUUCUUAUGAUUUUCUGGCUUGUUAAAAAGAUACUCCCCGAGAGACCUGUGAUACCUCUCAUGAUAUGCGCGAUGGGGGCUAUUUUGAUGCUCGUGGCAGGGAUAAUGGAGAUGAAACACGCCGAUAUAUACAUCGACGUUACCGAAUUUACUGACGAAGAAAUACUGGAGCAUCCAAUCUUCAUUCACAACUUCGUAAUGUGCAUACUGUCGAUCUUCGUUAUGAUUCUGUAUCUGAUUCAAGCGUGGCUCCUUUUCGACGUAUGGCAAUGGAUUCGAAAGGAGCAAGAUACAAGUGUAUCGGACGAAACGCGAAGCUCCGACUCUAGUGCAGACACCGACGAAAGUGAUCAUUCCAUAACAGAAGGAGAGAUCGGCGAAUGCGAUUCCCGACGGCAGAUUGGCGAACUGGCACCGAUUCCUACCUUGAAAGAGAUGACCGCCCUCACUGUGAUCGCCGAUAGCGCCGACGUGGAUGACGAACCGAUACUUUAUUGCUGCUUCGUCGACUGGUGCAAUUAUGUUAAAAUAAAAAUGAAAAGUAAACCAAAGCACGAGUUCCAAGUAAUUCACGUCAUGUGACGUGUCUGGAAUUUUAAAAAAUAAGAAUCGUUAAUUAAUUAAUUCAAUAUAUUAAGAAUAACGAUUGUUGGUAUGUACCAACAAGGCAAUGUGCCUUGCUUUCUCUCGUCGUUACUCUUCUGAAAUCGUUAAACGAGCAUUUCUUACGCCAUCUUGAGAGGCUCUGAAAUGUUAGCUAGUGAAGCCAUUCAGCUCUGCGAAUAAAACAGCUAAUUUAUACAAGCUCAAAUUGUUUAUAAAUUAAACAUAUUUCUUCGAUAUUUGCUCAGUAUAAGAAAAUUUCGCGGAAAUGACUCACAUCAAUGAAGAACAACUUAUACACGCUUGUGAAAAUAUUUCCGAGUGAUCGAAUCUACCUAAAGAAAUCAAUGAUAUUACCACCUCAAUUAUUAAUUAUUAUUUCAGUAACGUGUGUUUAUUUUUAGUCACAU